GUGUUUUUGGCUGUGGCACUCUGCAACAACCUUCCCAACAACCUCUGAUAUUUGUAACGCAUUGAAUGCUCGGUUAAGAGCAAGGUGUAGCAUGACCCCUUUGAUGCCAGCAUCAGACCCUUCGAAUUCACAUGGUGUUCCAAUGGUUGUCCUGAAAGCUCAGCUCACUUGUUUGGUUGCAAACUAUGAUGAGAGAAAGCAAGGCACCAUCUUGACUAGAGAUCUAUUGGCCCUCAUUGAUCAGUAUGAACAAGAAAACCAGGUCACACUAUUGACCCAAGAACAACGAAUAGCCAUCCAACCUUUUACCCUGGCCAACCCUGACCUGGAUAUGUCGCCAGAAGACAUCAUGAACCUCGUCAAGUUGGUCUCGCCAAAUAAUAGUAACCAGGAUACCCCGCAUACCUCUAAUAUCCCUAGCCCCUCUAUACGUCCACGGACCUCUGCACCACUUCGUCAUAUCAAACCAUUAACACAGAGGCUCCGAACUUCAAGGUCACCUUCCUUGGAUGAGCCAUUCGAUAUAGAUACCAAGUCGUGGAACGAUGUUUCUCGAAAUCAUAGUCUGCCAUCACCCACAGAUGAUAAUAUGUCCAUAUCCGCUUGGUCGGCUUCCGACCUUGAACAAGAGAUGAUGGAUGAUGCUGAAGUCGAACAGAUGUCUCUCUACUAUCAAAAAACCUUACUGCUCACGAAGCGACUGAAAGAAUCAGAGCGCAGUUUGGCUAGUAUGACACAUGAAAAUGAAUCACGCAUCGCACAACUACAAACGUUUGUAGAUGAUAUGAACAACAAUAUCAACAACCAGAAGAAAGAAAUUUUAGAAUUUAAAGGCAAAGAGAAGAAUAGUUUGGAUCAGAUCAGUGCGCUUGAAGCGCAUAUUGCACAAAUACAAUCUUCUCAAUCUGAUCAUAAGCAAGUAUAUGUCUCGUUGAAGCAAUUAGUCGACGAGAAAUGUGGAGAAACUCAGAAGUUACAGGAUGCUCUAAGGAGCAAAGAAACGCUUUUGGAACAAACAGAAGAGACAUUUUCACAUAUGAAUAAGGAGUUCCGCCAAUUGAUGGAUGAGCGCGAUCGAUUAGUGGAAAUGCAAUUCCAGCUUGAGCAAGAGCUCAUUAUGUCACAAUCUGCUCAUAUGAAGCUAGAAGAGCAAAGGUGUGAAAACGAACGACUCAAGCAAGUGAUUGAUGAACUAAGUUAUGAUUUAGACGAGGCCAGAAAUAGUCGACAUCAGCGGUCAUGGUCUCGAUCCGAUAUGGCGGAUAACAUCAAGGACUUGCAAUCCGAACUAGCAAUGCAUUACAAUACCAUACAGAACCCUUUUCAAGGAGACAACGAUGAGUUCGUGAAUAUGGUGAAAGAGCAGCAGGAUGCUACGGAACGGCUGCGAACCGUCGAAAAUGAAAAGGACUUUUAUAAAGCUCAGGCAAAUGAUGCUAUGCAGGACUUAGACAAGGUUAAAAGCGAGCUCGACAGCCUUCGGAAGGCACUACAACGGGAAAACAAAUUUCUGGUCACUGAACUUGCUGAUCUGCGAUCAAAGGCUCCAACUACACCACCCCCGCCAUCCGAUAAGGAUUUCGACGGGCACAGCGCAACCUCUACUGGUUCAGACAUGAAUUCCCUGCGACCAGGUGUUCGACAGCGUCGAGCGGAGAGGGUUCGAAGAUCUCGGCUGGUGUACGACCUAAACGAUCCAAACGCUCAACCUUUGCUAUUGCUGAAUCAGCAAGCGUCAUUAAAUUCUCAAUCACAAUCACCACCAUCCCAAACGAUAGUUCGAAAGAGCUCCAUGCCAGACAAGGCUCAAGUACUGCAACUGAUGCGAAAAUCAGACGAUCGCAUAGUAGCCAACACCAUUACAUUUGCACUAUAUACCCUUGUAGUAUAUGCAUUUGGUAUUGUAACAUCAACGUUUUUGAUAGAAACUAGCAGCCAAACGAUAUGGAAUGUUGGUAAUACGGCGGGCAAGAAUAAGGUGCUCGAAGUGUUACUGUAUUGGCUAGAAAAACUCUUAUCCGAAUAAACUAAUUCAUCUGCAUUACAUCGAACAAGAUAUGAGUAAAUUUGCCCUGGGGCGAGAGGAUGGACGCAGGUGAAGGAUUGGGAUGUGACCCAGCCAGCCAGCAUUAGCAGGUCGUGGGAAAGCUACAUUAUUUUUAAAUUUUCACUUU